UUUGGAGAUUGAGUUAUCAGGCUUUGAAUUCAAUAUUAUGCCAACUUAGAUAUACAUGUAUUCAAGAUCUUUCACAUAGAGUUCAUGAUGUGAAUGAUUGGUCAUGGCAAAUCAUUUUAAUUACAAGUCUUGUCAGUUGUGAAAUCAUAAGUUAUUGAGAAAGAAUGAUUUGGGCCACUUUUUUUUUUCAAUUUUUUUCAUAACUGCUGCAAAUCUAUUUUUAAAAAAUUGACAUUAAUGUAUAUAAUUGUUACUUUCUUGCAGAUAGUGACUCAGAUCCAUUUGACUUAAAUGAGUCAUCUUUGGUGGAAGACUCAUAUAGCGAUAGUCUCUCCUCUGUAGUUCCUCUUUCUGAACUGAACGCACUGUCUUGGAAGGAAUGUGAUGCUGAAAGGCCCAUUUCAUCACUGGCAGCAGUCAAAGAGGACACUAGAAUUGCCAACAUGCCCCUAGUAUCGUCAAUGACAGUCCAAGAGGACACCAGUAAUGCUGAGAUACCCAGAGUGUCAUCCAUGAUUGUCCAAGAGAACACCAUGAAUGCGGAAAUGUCCAGAGUGUCACCCUUGACUGUCCAAGAGGACAUCAGUAAUGCCAAAAUGUCCAGAGGGUCAUCCCUGACUGUCCAAGAGGACACAAGUAAUGUUAAGAUGUCCAGAUUGUCAUCCUUGACUGUCCAAGAGGACACCAGUUAUGCCGAAAUGCCAAAAGGAUCCUCCUUGACUGUUCAAGAGGACAUCAGAAUUGCCAACAUGCCCCUAGUAUCGUCAAUGACAGUCCAAGAGGACACCAGUAAUGCUGAGAUACCCAGAGUAGCAUCCAUGAUUGUCCAAGAGAACACCAUGAAUGCGGAAAUGUCCAGAGUGUCACCCUUGACUGUCCAAGAGGACAUCAGUAAUGCCAAAAUGUCCAGAGGGUCAUCCCUGACUGUCCAAGAGGACACAAGUAAUGUUAAGAUGCCCAGAGUGUCAUCAUUGACAGUACAAGAGGACACCAGUUAUGCCGAAAUGCCAAAAGGAUACUCCUUGACUGUUCAAGAGGACACCAGUUAUGCCGAAAUGCCAAAAGGAUCAUCCUUGACUGUUCAAGAGGACACAAGUUAUGCUAAGAUGUCCAGAUUGUCAUCCAUGACUGUCCAAGAGGACACCAGUUAUGCCGAAAUGCCAAGAGGGUCAUCCUUGACUGUCGAGGACACCAGUUAUGCCGAAAUGCCCAGAGGGUCAUCCUUGAUUGUCCAAGAGGACACCAGUUAUGCAGAAAUGCCCAGAGUGUCAUCAUUGACAGUACAAGAGGACACCAGUUAUGCCAAAAUGCCAAGAUGGUCAUCCUUGACCGUCCAAGAGGACACCAGUAAUACUGAGAUGCCCAGAGUAGUGUCUUCCAUGAUUGUUCAAGAGGACUCCAGUAAUGCCGAAAUGCCAAAUGGGUCAUCCUUGACUGUUCAAGAGGACACCAGAAAUGCAAAGAUGUCCAGAUUGUCAUCCAUGACUGUCCAAGAGGACACCAGUAAUGCCGAAAUGCCAAGAGUGUCUCCCUUGACUGUCCAAGAGGACACCCAAGAGGACACCAGUAAUGCCGAAAUGCCAUUGAAAGGUGACAUGCUAUUGACAGGUGACACAAAUAGCUGUAAAUCAGAAAAUGCAUCACAGAAGAAAACCAAUGUGUACAAGAAACCUGACAGGUACUGUGUGUACUGUAGGCAAGUUAUCCACAAUGGCAAACUGAAGAGGCAUAUAAUGAGGAAACACAAAUCAGAACCCGAAGUUGCGGAAGUUUUGAAAAAAAGUACCAUGCAACAAAACAUUUUCUUUGACAGAAAGCGCAAGGAUGGAAUAUAUGAAUAUAACGUACUUUUAAUCUCAGACAACAGAGAUCCAUUGAUGAGAGAAAGACAGCCAAACCAAAAGGAUCAAUUGCGUGUUUGUGCUUCAUGCAAAAGUUUUGUGUCCAGUAGGUUUUUUUACAAGCAUAAAUGUAUUGUCUCUCAGCCUGAUCCAGUCAAACCCAGAUUACUACAGAAAGCAAAAACCAGAAUGGAUGAUGAUAAACAGUUCAGGGAAAUAUUGAACAGUUUUCGUGAUGGCCAAGUUGGUGAGUUAUGCAGGUCAGAUCCAAUGAUAAAGCUGAUAGGUUUCAGGCACUUCAAUUUAAGAAGACAUGAAACAGGAAAAGAAAAUGAAGUGAAAAGGGUAGUUAUGGCAGAAAUGAGAGAAUUAGCUCGACUUUACUUAACAUUUUGUGACAUAAGUGGUGAAUCAGAAACAAAUUCUGUGGAAACAAUGUUUAAUAGAAGUCAUUUACAAGAUCUCUAUGAUGCUAUUGACCAACAGGUUUCUAUUGUUGAUGACCACACUGAAAGGAAAGAGAAACAUGGACAAAAACUAUUCUUGAAUGCAAUUAUUCUAAGAUCUAUCAAAGCAUUGCAUGGGCAUUUUGCGGAAACAAUGCAAGACGCAAAGGCUAAAGAACUGAAAAUUUUCAAGGAUGCAUACAAAUUCAAGUCAUGUGAGUUAUUCUCAGGUGCACGGCAAAUGUGUGUUAAGAAUAGCAUGGAGAAAUUGAGAAAACCUGAAAAUCUUCCAAAGGAGACUGAUAUACAGAUACUGAAACGCUAUAUAAGUGAAGAAAUUUCUGAAAAUGUUUCCAAUUUUACCAUGGAAAGAUAUACAUGGCUUAGAACUCUGAUUGUAGCAAGACUGACGCUGUUUAAUGCAAGGCGAGGUGAAGAGGCAUCUAGAAUGUUGAGAGCAGAGUGGGAAGAUGCUGAGCAAAAUGUCUGGGUUCCGCAGGAGCAGGUAGAAAAUGUGGAAGAUGCGGCCGAAAAGUUCCUGGUCGGACAGUUUAAACUUGUUUACCUUAAAGGGAAAGGUAAAAAGUUUGUUCCAGUUCUCGUUCCAAAAGAUUUGGUUCCAGGAAUAAGACUUCUUAUCCAAUAUAGAACCUUGUAUGGUAUCUCUGCAGAAAACCCAUUUUUAUUUGCAACAAAAUCUGGGAAGUCACAUUGUUCCGGUUGGCAUGCUCUAAAAAAUGUGUGCAGUAGAGCAGAUGUCAGUAUGACCAUAAAUGCAGGCAAAAUGAGACAUAGACUGUCCACUAUAUAUGCAAGUCUACACAUGCUACCACAAAACCAGGAAAUAUUUUUGGAUCAUAUGGGACAUGAGAAGGAAAUUAAUAAAGACAACUAUCAGUGCCCAGCUGGAAUUAGGACUCUGCGUGUAAUGGGACGCAUGCUGACUGAUGCAGAUGAAGGAAAGGAUAUGUCAGUUUCUAAAGAGGUUUCUAAGAAGGUGGAAGAAGAGGCCAGUGAAGAAUUGGAUGAUAUGGAAUCAUCACAGGGUCCAGAAAUUGAUAUGGAUGAUGAAAUUCUAGAGUCAAAAGACAAGAACAACCCAAGGACUGUGAAAUGGUCAAAGGAAGAUACAGCCAAUUUGAAAUCCUUUUUCAGGAAGUACAUAUUGACUCAGAAAGACCAUAACACAGGCAAUCUACCAUGUAAGAAAGAAAUUGAAGACUUCCUGCAGACAAAUAACAUCUCAUCAUUAGAUGGUCUUCAUAUGAAGACAAAAAUUUCUAAAGCUAGAACAAAGAUUUUUAAUGAGAGAAAAACGGCGAGGCUAAGAACUUCCAAAAAACUCGCAGAGUUGGAGUUGGUGGCUGUAUGAACAAUUUAGAAAUGAACAUGUCUUGUGAAUUUCUAUAGUCUGUCCCAAGAUAUUUUUGCCGCAUAUUUUCUUAAAUUACUCAAUAUUUAUAAAUACCUCUUGGUUCAAACGAUGUUCAUUCAAUAGUAUGGAAAAAUUCCAAGAUUUCCUCUUUGAAACGCCCCCUCUAGCUUGUCGGGUAUCAGUACACUGCUAAAAAUAAAAAGUCUACGAGGUUUUUCCAUUGCCAAGGAGAUGAAGACGCCCGGAUGAUAACGUUGAAAAAUUGCGCGAGGUGUCCCGAGUACUUCCGAAUAGAGAAAAGAUGUCAACAUUCCCCAUUAUAAAUCUCCGUAGGAAAUCUGUUUUCGUUCCUGUGAAUUUUUACGAGGGAAAAAUGAUAAUGUAUGAAUGAAAUUAUCUUGGGAAUUUUCCCUUUCAUCGAUUUUAAUUGCACUUCAGUCACAGGUAUGUGUAUUUUUAUUUAAAAUCGUUCAAAUAUGCAGCAUAAAUAUCUUGGGACAGACUAUAGUCAGAUAUUAGCAAUUAGUACACCUCAUGGGGGAGUGGUCACGAUUUUGGUCAGAUUUUUAUUUUUGUAUUUUUAGCUCACCUGAGCUGAAAGCUCAAGUGAGCUAUUCUGAUCACAUUUUGUCUGUCGUCUGUCCGUCCGUCUGUCCGUAAACUUUUCACAUUUUCAACAUCUUCUCAACAACUACUGAGCCAAUUUCAACCAAACUUGGCACAAAUCAUCCUUAGGCAAAGGGGAUUCAAAGUUGUGAAAAUUAAGGGCCACGCCCUUUUUCAAGGGGAGAUAAUUAGAAAUUAAUUAAAAAUUUUGAGAAAUUUUCAAAAAUCUUCUUCUCAAUAACCAUAAAGCCAGGAAAGCUGAAACUUGUGUGGAAGCAUCCUCAGGUAGUGUAGAUUCAAAGUUGUGAAAUUCAUGGCCCCCGGGGGUUGGGUGGGGCCACAAUGGGGGCUCGAAGUUUUACAUAGGAAUAUAUAGAGUAAAUCUUUAAAAAUCUUCUUCUCAGAAACUAAUCAGCCAGGAAAGCUGAAACUUGUGUGGAAUUAUCCUCAAGAAGUGUAGAUUCAAAGUUGUGAAAUUCAUGAUCCCUGGGGGUGGGUGGGGCCACAAUGGGGGCUCGAAUGUUUACAUAGUUAUAUAUAGAGUAAAUCUUUAAAAAUCUUCUUCUCAGAAACUAAUCAGCCAGGAAAGCUGAAACUUGUGUGGAAGCAUCCUCAGGUAGUGUAGACUCAAAGUUGUGAAAUUCAUGAUCCCUGGGGUCGGGUGGGGCAACAAUGGGGGCUCGAAUGUUUACAUAGUUAUAUAUAGAGUAAAUCUUUAAAAAUCUUCUUCUCAGAAACUAAUCAGCCAGGAAAGCUGAAACUUGUGUGGAAGCAUCCUCAGGUAGUGUAGACUCAAAGUUGUGAAAUUCAUGAUCCCUGGGGGUGGGUGGGGUCACAAUGGGGGCUCGAAUGUUUACAUAGUUAUAUAUAGAGUAAAUCUUUAAAAAUCUUCUUCUCAGAAACUAAUCAGCCAGGAAAGCUGAAACUUGUGUGGAAGUAUCCCCAGGUAGUGUAGAUUCAAAGUUGUGAAAAUCAUGAGCCCCGGGGUUAGGGUGGGGCCACAAUGGGGGGUCAAAGUUUUACAUAGGAAUUUAUAGAGUAAAUCUUUAAAAAUCUUCUUCUCAGAAACUAAUCAGCCAGGAAAGCUGAAACUUGUGUGGAAGCAUCCUCAGGUACUGUAGACUCAGAGUUGUGAAAUUCAUGAUCCCUGGUGGUGGGUGGGGCCACAAUGGGGGCUCGAAGUUUUACAUAGUAAUAUAUAGAGUAAAUCUUUAAAAAUCUUCAUCUCAGAAACUAAUCAGCCAGGAAAGCUGAAACUUAUGUGGAAGUAUCCCCAGGUAGUGUAGAUUCAAAGUUGUGAAAAUCAUGAUCCCUGGGGGUAAGGUGGGGCUACAAUGGGGGGUCAAAAUUUUACAUAGGAAUAUAUAGAGUAAAUCUUUAAAAAUCUUCUUCUCAGAAACUAAUCAGCCAGGAAAGCUGAAACUUGUGUGGAAGCAUCCUCAGGUAGUGUAGAUUCAAAGUUGUG